AUGGAGGGAAGCACAGUGUCCGACUUCAGCAUCGAGCGCAUCCUGUCCCCGCAGUUCGGACGCAGACCUCCGGCCAAGGACUUCUCUCCGGGCCGGUUCUCUCCGGACCGGUUCUCUCCGGGCCGAUUCUCUCCGGGCCGGUUCCUCCAGCAGGUCGCGGUCGAGGGCCUGUGUCCGUGCCCCGGGUGCCUGCGGCCUCCAGCCCCGGUCCCGGUCCCGGUCCCGGUCCCGGCCUCCAGCUGCUUGCAGUUCGGGGGGAUGAGCUUCGGGGACACGUGUUAUUACGGAUCUGGGAUCAGCAGAUUCUAUCCCAGCUCCGGGAUGUGGGUCCACGUCAGCAGCAGAGAGUCCGGAGUGGAUGCUCAGCUGUCGCCUGGUUACCACGGGCACGCUCACUCCAGCGUGCCCGCGCUGCAGCCGCCGCGCCAGAAGGCCCGGAUGAGGACUGUGUUCACCGAUACUCAGAGCAAACACCUGGAGGCGCUGUUCCACAUCACCGACUACCCGGCGGUGGAGGCGCGCGCCGGGGUGGCGAGGAGCACUGGCCUGAGCGAGGAGACGAUCAGGGUUUGGUUUAAGAACCGAAGAGCCCGGAGGAAGAGGCAACACAGCGGGUCAAAGGUCAAAUCCUCUUAA